AUUUAUACCGACCGAUACCGACAAUGUACAGAGGUAAACGUAUUUUAAAUUUGUUUGAAGGUUUGGGUGUUGUGCGACAAGCAUAGAUGAAGAUGGAUUGUGGUACAAAUGAACCUGUUGCUCACAAAGUUCGUGAUGAAAAAUUUGAAGUGUUACCUGAAGCCGCAGUUCACUUGUCAUUAGAGCCUUCUGAACUACAGUCAAGCGCUGGCAGUGCUUGCAACUCUCCUGCAGGUGAAGAGAAUGUACCAUUGCACAGUAAGGAUAUAGGCAAGCCUGUGGGAAUUACUUGUGUUGGUGACCUAGAAAGCAGGCAGUCACCUGGAAGUGAUUCACUAGUUGAUGCCAUUAACACCAGAAAGGAAAGUGAGGUUGAUGGGGUUGGAAGCGUAGAUAAUAAAUAUGAUGAAAAUGUAGGUAGAGAUGAGAAAGUAACUGAAGACCCAGAAAAAUUCCAUAGCAAUGUUAACAAAGCAGUGACUGUUGGGAGUGUGAUUUCAGAAAAAGGCAGUCAUAAGGAAUACGCAGAAUUAAAUGUGAAAGAAAAGGAUGAACAUGAAGUAUAUGACAAGCAAAAGAAAGAAACUGAAGAUGUAAGUGACAAAGAAAAGAAAGAUCCAGAAGAAUUAAAUGGAAACAAGGAAAUUGAGGUAGUAAAUAAUAAGAAAAUGGAAAGUGAAGAAAUUAGUAACAAACAGAAGAAAACAAUUGAGGUUGUGACUGACAGCAAGAUGAAAGAAACUGAAAAAGUGAGUGCGAAAGAAAAAGAAAAUGAAAUUAGUAAUGAGGAAAAGAAGAAUAAGGAAGUACUGAGUAUUAAAGAGAAGGAGGAAGUUAAAGAACAAGGUAAUAGUGAAAAGAAUUCAGAUGUCAUUGAAUCAGAAAAUAGUGGAGGUAAAGGUAAACGUGAAGUAGAAACCGCUGAAUUGACUGGCUGUGAAAAUAAAGAGACACCUGAAAAUAAAUCAGAAGGGGAGACAAGAAUAACUACAGCUGUGGCAGAGAGUGAUGAGUGUGAAAUGGAUGUUGAUGAUCCAGAGCCCUAUCCAGAACAUAUAAAUUUUGUGGAUGUAAAUGCACCAAACUGCGAUUCUCCUAUGGUUAUUGAUGAUGACGAUGAUGAUGAGAUAGUAAUGAUUGAGAGAAGGAAAGGAACUAGUCAGAAAGUUAAGACCGGCAAGAAGGAUAAGACUAAAACAGACAAUUCUAAUCGUGACAGUAGCCCCGAGGUUGUGUUGCAAGAGAAAUUGUGCAGGAGCCGUCGGGAAAUUGUGAUUGACCUAGAUGAUGAUGAAGAUGUUGAUGAUGAUAUUGAGAUUGAAUCCAUAAAGAAGAAGAAAAAGAACAAAUCAAAUGCCCCAAGAGGUGUUUGUUGUUGUAAUGUAGAAUGUUCAGCUCCCAGUCAAGACUUGCAUAGUGCACCUGUAUUUGUUUUGACAUACUACGGACGGAAAUACAGGAAAGGGAAACCAGAGAAAGUUUGUCCAUUGUGCUUCGAAGCAGCCAUGCAGCAUCAAGAGCACUUGUCUUAUAUUCUGUCAGAGCACAAGCCAUUAAUGACGGCGAAAUUCCAGCUUCGACAUGAUACUGUUGUUCUUACAGACUCUGAAGAAGGAUCUGAUGAAGAGGAACCUGUGCCAGAUGAUGUGCUAGCAGAUCUGGAAGAAAAGCUGCAGGAAGUGAUUGAGUCCACCAUGGAGAAUUAUGAUUUUGACUACCAGAUAGAAGAGUCACAGAAAAUCCUUACUCAUAAAUUGGAUGAAUUGAGUGUUACUUUUAAUGAAACAGAUGACCUGUUCAAUGAACUACAGAAGAGAAUGGAUAGUUUACGAAGUGACAUCUACAAGGAUUAUACACCAAAAAUACGGGAGCUACCAUCACUGUCGAUUGAUGACAGUCAGUGUGGUACAAGACCACCUGUAAUUCGGUUUUCACCUCCAAGGGUGUUGGACUGCACAAGAGAGCAGCCUCCAUGCAGGCAGCAGAAAGCACAGGUGACGCACUGGGCACCCCCUACAUCUCCAGUUCCUUCAGCUUUACCAAAACAACGAGUGGGGAUUACACCUCCAACAUCCACUGGAAUUAUGCAGGCAGAUGGUGUUAGGAAGUCACCUAUGUCUGGAGUGGCCACAAAGAAAGUAACACAGGUUCAGCGUUCGGUGAUACCUGGAAGUUCUCACCCUGAAGUGAGGCAAGAAGAUGUUGUGGCUUUGGAACAGGUAGAGGUAACACACAAACCGCUGCCUCCUAUCGGUACACUGUUGAGGCCAAAACCUCGUGUUGGAGAUGUGAUGUAUGUGAUGAAAUUGAGCUACUAUGGAGUGUGGUCACGAGGCAAGGUGCUGGAGAUUCUGCCCAAAGGAUCAGAGACUUCAUCUGGAAGUUUGACCCUGUCAGUUACAUACAAAGUGAAGUUUGAAUCAUCAUACCGCAAAUCCAGCAAUGUCAAACAGGUCAUAGCCAAGCAGAUGGCGUACACUACCCCAUCUCCUGUCAGAUUUCCUGUUGGAACCCGUGUCAUUGCCAUAUUUCAAGAUAAUGACUGGAGCAAGGAGUGCUACUACUCUGGUGUUGUUGCUGAGCCUCCCAAAUCUAUGAACAAAUACAGGUACCUUGUAUUUUUUGAUGAUGGCUAUGCUCAGUAUGUGACACAUGAGAAGAUUCUGCUAGUUUGUGAGAGCUCACGUAAUGUAUGGGAAGAUAUCCACCCAGACUCAAAAGAGUUUAUUCGCAAGUACCUGGAGCAGUAUCCUGAGAGACCUAUGGUGAAGCUGCAGCAAGGGCAGAUUGUCAAGACAGAAUGGAAUGGCAAGUGGUGGAUUGCACGUGUUGUGGAGGUGGAUGGUUCUCUGGUGAAGAUGCACUUUGAUGCAGAUGGGCGCACUGAGUGGAUCUAUCGUGGUUCCACUCGGCUUGGUCCUCUGUAUGCUGAGCUUGCCCAUGCUGCCGCUAGGAAGGAACAAGGGACAUUCAGCAGACAUAGGGGUCUUGGUGUCGCCUCCCUGAAGAAGAGAAACAUGCCAUAUGUGGAGUAUACACGUGGAACAGAUGUAGAAGAAAUGAGACGGGAUGACUCAGGAGUAACAAUCACACUCUUGGAACCAGUUCAAGAUGGCCAGAGCAUCAGUUCUGAGUCUGUGCCAUCGCGUGCUGUGGCCAAGAAGAGCACCACGAAGCGUCCAGAUAGCAUAAUGGACAGGCUGCAGGAGCAGCAGCAGGAGGCAUACCCAGCAGUUGCAGAGAAGAGUCAGCAGCCUCAAGGGCAUAUUGAGUAUAUACAUAUGAAUGCAUCUCGUCUCCGGCCCAAGAAGUUUGUGCCACACCAGUGUGGUCCCAGCUGUCUUAGUGAAGCACAAUAUGAUCCUAAGGCUCUGAAGGGUGAAAAUCCUUUGGUCAUCCCAAUGUUGUGUGCAUGGGAGAGGCAGGUGAAUCGGUGCCGUGGGAAGCGCGUGGUAAUGUAUAGAGCUCCAUGUGGUCGACGGCUUCGCAACAUGGAGGAGCUACACAGAUACUUGCGUUUAACCAAGUCUAAUAUGGCCGUUGAUCUCUUUGACUUUGAUUUCUGGGUUCAUUGCUUUGCUGAGUUUAUGCUGGAAAAGGGAUUUUCAAAUAUCAAGGAUUUGUCAUAUGGAGCAGAACAUGUCCCAGUGCCCUGUGUGAAUUGUGUGGACCACAGCCUGCCUCCCUAUGUGUCUUACUCGACGAAGCGAGAGGCAACCGAUGGAGUGAACCUGAACCUUAAUCCGGAGUUCCUUGUCGGAUGUGAAUGCACUGAUGAUUGUCAGGAUCGAGACAAGUGUGCCUGCUGGCAGUUAACAAUCCAGGGAACUGCAUAUGGUCCAGGUGGAAUCGUUGACCCCACAGUUGGCUACUUCUACAGACGGCUGCCAGAACCAGUGAUGACAGGAAUCUAUGAGUGUAAUUCCCGGUGCAAGUGUUCUAAUACAUGUCUGAAUCGAGUGGCUCAGCAGCCUUUGCAGCUUAAACUUCAAGUGUUCAAGACUGAGAAUCGAGGCUGGGGAAUUCGCUGUCUUAAUGACAUUCCCCAAGGAGGCUUCAUCUGUAUCUAUGCAGGGCGGUUGCUUACUGAACAAGGAGCAAAUGAAGGAGGCAAGAACUAUGGGGACGAGUACCUGGCGGAACUGGACUACAUUGAAGUAGUGGAGAAGCUGAAGGAGGGCUAUGAGAGUGAUGUUGUGGAGGAUGACAGUGACUCACCAUCUGAUGUGAAAGACCACAGUGAGGCCAGGAAGUCGAAAGCCGAUUCAGGUCUGAGUGAAGAAGAGGAGGAGGAAGAGGAAGAGGAAGAAGAAGGUGAAACAAGUCAGGAUGCAAGAGAUUCUGAUGAAGAAUUUCAGCUGGCUCCCUGGGAGAAAGGACUUGGAAACCCUUUGCCUGAACAGAGCUCUAUCCGAACACGACUGAGGAAUCGGAAUUCUCGUCAUGGGUCUGAUGAUAGCCAGAAUGAUCCAAAAGAUAAAGAAGCAGAUAUUGUUGCAGAUUCAAGGAAGAAGUCUUCUCGAAGCAUGAGUAGCAGUGAACACAAUGACAGUGAUGAUGAAGAUUCAGAACUGUUACGCCAGCCAUCACGAUUCGCUGCUGUGUCAGAACCAAAGGAAAGUGAUAAAGCCAAGAAACCCAAAAAUCGAUCUGUCCGUGAAUUCUUUGGUCAUGAUGAGUACUGCUACAUUAUGGAUGCCAAGAACAAUGGAAACAUUGGACGGUACCUCAAUCAUUCUUGCAGUCCGAAUGUGUUUGUCCAAAAUGUGUUUGUGGACACCCAUGACUUGCGUUUCCCAUGGGUGGCAUUCUUUGCACUGACAUACAUCCAUGCUGGAACAGAGCUGACUUGGGAUUAUAACUAUGAUGUGGGAAGUGUCCCUGGAAAAGUGUUACACUGUUACUGUGGGUCUAAUGACUGCCGGGGCCGACUCCUGUAAACUAUUGGCUUCUGUGUGGCAUAUCUUCCUGACUGUGCAGUAGAGCUGAGGACUAGAGUUGCUGUGAAUUCAUUAAAUUGUUUGUGAUGUUGGACCUGAAUUCAUUCACUUUUGUAACAUAGAGGAAUAAAUGAGUGGGUAACCAUAUC